UCCCGGCGCCUGGGCGGAAGGAUAUGGAGCGCGCCCGGUUGGCGGGGCGCUGAGGCCAGUUGCCGGGUAACGGAGCGGAGCGGCCGCGGCGCGCCGCCUCCCGCCCUCCGCCGAGUGGCGCCGGAGCCGCCGCCGCUUUACGUAAGGCGCAGGCCAGGGCCGCCCGGCGCUCGGCAGCGGCUCGGAGCCCUCGGAGCGAGGAGGCGCCCUCGCCGGCCGCCGCGCCGCCCGGCUGCUCAGCAGUCUGGCUUCAUCAUUGAACCUUCCAUGAUUACGGUCUACUGUAAUGAAAUUUGACUUGCUGACAUUUGAGGCCUCUCAAACAAAGGUUCUGCCGGAGACUUAGCUUUGGCCUCCAUGUGAAACUAAAAUAGAAAGUCACAUCUGCACAUGUCUCUAUGCGGAUGCUGCUUCGUCGGUCAUGCCUGAAGCGGGGAAUUCGGUUCUCAGUGGCUGACUGCCAGCAAAAAUAGAUGCUCAUUCUAGAUGUCAAGCAUCUCUCCUUUCUACCGGAGUGAAAAUCCCCUCCAGCUACCAACCGAACAUCACUGCAGAAGAUGCUUCGUGUUUUGAGGAUGUGGGCAACCUAAAUCCAUGCGCCCUCUCGGUGCCGCUGUGGACGGUUCGCCAUCUGAAAGCUCCCCAAGCUCUUACCCAGGCCCUGUAUCUGUGUCUGAAAUGUCUCUGCUUCAUGCUUUGGGUCCAGUGCAGACCUGGCUGGGACAAGAGCUAGAGAAGUGUGGCAUCGAUGCCAUGAUUUAUACUCGCUACGUCCUCAGUCUCCUGCUGCAUGACAGCUACGACUACGACCUGCAGGAACAGGAGAAUGACAUCUUCCUGGGCUGGGAAAAAGGAGCGUGUAAGAAGUGGGGAAAGAGUAAGAGAAAGUGCUCAGAUCUGACUCUAGAAGAAAUGAAAAAACAGGCUGCUGUGCAGUGUCUUCGAUCUGCUUCUGAUGAAAGCUCGGGUAUUGAGACUUUGGUGGAGGAGCUUUGCUCCAGGCUGAAAGACCUUCAGAGCAAGCAAGAGGAGAAGAUUCAAAAGUUGGAGGGGUCUCCCUCUCCGGAGGCAGAACUGUCCCCUGCAGCCAAGGACCAAGUGGAAAUGUACUAUGAAGCGUUCCCGCCGCUUUCGGAGAAGCCCGUCUGCCUGCAGGAGAUCAUGACGGUGUGGAACAAGUCUGCAGUCUGUUCUUACUCCAGCUCCUCCUCAUCGUCCACAGCGCCCCCCGCCAGCACAGACACGUCCUCCCCCAAGGACUGCCCCAGCGAAGGCGAGGUCACCAAGGAGAGAAGCAGCGAAGUCCCCAGCAGCGCGCACGAGAAAACCCAGAGCAGAGGGCCGAACGAGAAGGAGAACAGGGUGAGAAACGGCCCCGGCGAAGACAAGCCCGCUCUGUACAAAAAGCAGAUCCGACAGAAGCCCGAAGGGAAGCUGCGCCCUCGCUCCUGGUCUUCCGGCUCUAGCGAGGCAGGCUCGAGUUCCAGCGGGAAUCAGGGAGAGGCAAAAUCGUCCAUGAAGUGUGUGAAAGUGAGACACACACGAGAAAUCCGAAACAAAAAGGGACGGAGCGGGCACAGCAGGCUCUCCUUGAAGCACGGCGACAAGGCGGACAGAAACGUGCACGCCGGCGGCGGCGGGGCCAUCAAGCAGCUGUGCAAGCGGGGUAAGCGCCCGCUGAAGGAGCUGGGGAGGAAGGAGCCCGGCAGCACGGAAGCCAGGGACCUGCCCGCGGAGAGCAGAAACGACCGCGAGUAUAAAGAGGAGCCGCUGUGGUACACGGAACCCAUCGCCGAGUAUUUCGUUCCUCUGAGCAGAAAAAGCAAACUGGAGACCACAUACCGAAACAGACAAGACACGAGUGAUCUGGCCUCAGAGGCAGUGGAAGAAUUGUCGGAGUCAGUGCAUGGUCUUUGCAUCAGCAACAAUAAUAUUCAUAAAACAUACCUCGCAGCAGGUACUUUCAUUGAUGGUCAUUUUGUAGAAAUGCCUGCAGUUAUCAAUGAGGACAUUGACCUCACGGGGACCUCAUUCUGUUCUCUUCCGGAGGACAGCGGAUACCUGGAUGAUAUUCAUCUCUCGGAAUUAACACACUUCUAUGAAGUGGAUAUUGAUCAAUCCAUGUUGGAUCCUGGUGCCUCAGAAACAAUGCAAGGAGAAAGUCGGAUCUUGAACAUGAUUCGGCAAAAAAGCAAAGAGAAAGCAGAUUUUGAGGCAGAAUGUUGCAUAGUGUUAGAUGGAAUGGAGUUGCAAGGGGAACGUGCAAUAUGGACGGAUUCUACCAGCUCUGUGGGUGCCGAGGGCUUGUUCCUGCAAGACCUGGGCAGCCUGGCUCAGUUUUGGGAGUGCUGCUCAUCCAGCUCUGGCGAUGCCGACGGAGAGAGUGUCGGAGGAGAUUCUCCAGUUAGGCUCUCCCCGACCUUAGACAGCACAGCGCUCCACCCGCAUUUGCUUGCUGGCAAUCAGGAGCUCUUUUCAGAUAUUAAUGAAGGAUCUGGUAUAAACUCUUGUUUUUCAGUGUUUGAAGUGCAAUGCAGUAAUUCUGUUUUACCAUUUUCUUUUGAAACACUCAACUUGGGAAAUGAAAAUACAGAUUCUAGUGCUAACAUGCUUGGGAAAACACAGUCUAGAUUGCUAAUAUGGACCAAAAAUAGUGCCUUUGAAGAAAACGAACACUGUUCCAAUCUUUCAACAAGAACUUGUAGUCCCUGGUCCCAUUCGGAAGAGACCCGUUCAGACAAUGAGACCUUAAACAUUCAGUUUGAAGAAUCCACGCAGUUUAAUGCAGAAGAUAUUAAUUACGUAGUUCCUAGAGUCUCGUCAAAUUAUGUAGAUGAAGAACUUCUAGACUUUUUGCAAGACGAGACUUGUCAGCAAAACAGUAGAACUUUAGGAGAAAUCCCGACCUUAGUUUUCCAAAAAAAAUCUAAACUAGAAUCUGUCUGUGGUAUUCAGCUAGAACAAAAGACGGAACACAAAGCCUUUGAAACUACGCAGGCAUGUCGUGAAAGCAGUCCUCUUGGAGAUGGCUACAGCUCAGGGGUUAUUAAAGACAUUUGGACAAAGAUGGCAGAUAGAGAUUCUGUAGCGAUGGUAGAAAUAGAAAGAAUUGAUGAUGAGUUAUUUCCAACAGAUGUAAAUAACUACUGCUGCUGUUUGGAUGCUGAAGCUAAGAUGGAGCCCCUCCAGGAGCCUAAUAAGGCCGUGCAGAGAUCCGAGUAUCAUCUGUGGGAGGGACAGAAAGAGAACCUGGAGAAAAGAGCUUUUGUUUCUGGCGAGCUGUCCAAGGUGGAUGGUGGUGAUUAUACUACGCCCUCUAAACCUUGGGACGUGGCCCAAGAUAAGGAGAACUCAUUCAUUCUGGGAGGCGUUUACGGAGAGCUCAAAACCUUUAGUAGCGACGGGGAGUGGGCAGUGGUACCGCCCAGUCACACAAAAGGAAGUUUGUUGCAGUGCGCGGCUUCUGAUGUCGUGACCAUAGCUGGUACAGAUGUCUUUAUGACCCCGGGGAACAGUUUUGCUCCAGGUCACAGGCAGUUAUGGAAACCCUUCGUGUCAUUCGAACAGAACGAGCAGCCGAAGGGCGGGGAAAAUGGGUUGAAUAAGGGGUUUUCUUUUAUCUUCCAUGAAGACUUACUAGGAGCUUGUGGUAACUUUCAAGUCGAAGACCCUGGACUUGAAUAUUCGUUCUCAUCCUUUGACCUAAGCAAUCCAUUUUCACAAGUCCUUCACGUGGAGUGUUCGUUCGAACCCGAAGGGAUUGCAUCUUUCAGUCCUAGUUUUAAACCGAAGUCAAUCCUCUGCUCUGACUCAGACAGUGAAGUUUUCCACCCCAGGAUAUGUGGCGUUGACAGAACACAGUACAGGGCUAUUCGCAUCUCUCCUAGGACUCACUUUCGCCCAAUUUCUGCAUCUGAACUGUCCCCGGGGGGAGGAAGCGAGUCGGAAUUUGAAUCUGAAAAAGACGAAGCAAAUAUUCCCAUUCCUUCUCAAGUUGACGCAUUUGAAGAUCCGCAGGCAGACCUCAAACCACUGGAAGAAGAUGCAGAGAAGGAAGGCCAUUACUAUGAAUCAGAGCUGGAGUCUGGAAAAUUCCUUCCCAGGUUAAAAAAAUCUGGAAUGGAAAAGAGUGCUCAGACAUCACUGGAUUCCCAGGAGGAAUCAGCUGGGAUUCUGCCAGUGGGAAAGCAGAGUCAGUGUUUGGAGUGUAGCAUGAAUGAAUCUCUGGAGAUCGACUUAGAAAGCUCAGAAGCAAAUUGUAAAAUGAUGGCACAAUGUGAGGAAGAACUUAAUCAUUUUUGCAGUUGCAAGGCAGGUUGUCAGUUCCCUGCUUACGAAGAUAAUCCGGUUUCUUCAGGACAGCUGGAAGAGUUUCCUGUAUUGAACACUGAUGUACAAGGAAUGAAUAGAAGUCAAGAAAAACAGACCUGGUGGGAAAAAGCCUUGUACUCCCCUCUUUUUCCUGCUGCAGAGUGUGAAGAAUGUUAUACAAAUGCCAAGGGAGAGAAUGGUCUAGAAGAAUGUCCUGAUGUUAAAGAAAUACCCAGUAAUGAAGAGCACCUGUUAGAUUUUAAUAGGGUGUCUUCUGUUUAUGAAGCAAGGUGUACAGAAGAGAGAAAUUCUGGAGCAGAAGGCAGCGGCUUCGGCAGGAAGACGUGCUCCGGGGGCAGCCCCGCCCCGGAGGCCGCAGGCUCGGGAGGCGGAGGCGAGUGGCCGGGGCCCGGCGGCGAGGCGCUCUUCUGUCGGACUCAUCUCUAACCCGCAGAGUAGUACCAAUUAUUUUUUAAAGUCGAUCUGUGAGGGAAAGUACCCUUCUGUGAGGCCUGUUCAUCUAAAACAACAAUUUAGGUUUCUUCUUCAAUUAACUGGUUCCGAUCAGUAAUUAUCUUUCUCUUCUUGCUUAUUUUAGAGUUGAGGACAGCUAUCCUGUUGAAGAUUUUUUUUUCCAAGCUGUUAAAUUCUUGGCUAUUUGAAAUAGACUAGAUUGUGUUGUCAAACCAAGAAUGAGUGUGCAUGUGCUCGUCCUAGAGUAUCACUGCCUUUUGCAUCCCGGCUGCAGUCUUUCCUUCCAGCUGCAGUCCACCCUCACCUUCUGAGCCCCGCACUGUCCGCUACCACUUCCGCUCUUCAGAGACUUGAGCUUUGGAACAUUUAGGCUUUGUCCUCCGAGACCUGGGACGUGAGUACCCUGUGGCGGAUCCAUGCCUUUCCGAAGGCAAGAGGGCAGCACGGGUGACACCCCCCCCACCCCGGUCUUCCUUCAGUAAAAUCUCAUGUACAUUUGAAGUAGAACCACAAGGGUGUGCUUCUAGAGACUUACAAAAACUGUGUUUUCUAUCUUAGGAUUUCCCCCUAGAGCACCAUGGAAAAUGCCAUGGUUUAUGACUUCCUUGCUAACUGAAGCAGCCAAGGACUUGGGGUCUGGGGUACAUGCGAGGCCAGGCGGGGUGAGCGGGCACACCCCCCACCGUUCCUCCAUCACGCUUGCCUUUCCCAGACACUGUUCCGGGGGUGUCUGCAGUGAGUCUGAAAUACUUGGUGAGGACCUUAGUUGCAAAUUAUGAUUUUUUUUUUCAUAGUUUGAUAACUGAUGUUGAAUUGAAGCCCCCAGAACUUGAAAUUAUGAAUGUUUGACAUGCAACAAAGGCCACCUCAUCACCCCAAAGAAACCUUGGCUGCCGCAGCUAGCUCCUCUCGUGGCUGUGGCUUCGCAGAGCUUAGAUCUCAUUCUGUGUUUGAGAGAAUGUUCUGGGCAAGUUCUGGGAGUGGCGGGUCGGAGGGUGCAGUACUGACCUCCCCACGCGUGUCUGAUGGCCUUGCGGUCCGCUUCCCGCGGGGGUCAGUCCGUCUCGUCCAGUCCCAUCCGUUUGUGACGGCCACUCCUUGAGCUUUCACGCCGCUGUGCAGCAAGUUGAAGUUAGAAGGAGCAAUAUUUGCAAACUCUAAACAUUCAAAAUUGUUUUUCUUUUUUUAACCAACUCAUUGUUUUUUUAAGAAAAAACAAUGUGUGAAAUCAGUUUAGCGUGUCUGUACCAUCAGGAACAGCUGAAAAGUCUAAUAUGGAUGAGACAGCUUCACCACUAACGUUGCGGGCAAUAAACACGUAAUUUACUUACUAGCUGGGAGCUGAACUGGCUGAGAAACACAUGAUUUGCUUCGAGUGUUGGGUUUUGUUGCCUUUUUCUUAAUUGACGCAGAAAACUCCAUCCAAGGCUGUGGAGUCGUGCCCGGCGCUGUCUGUCCUCACUGUGGGAAGCCUGAUGGGCCCUCGGGCUUGGUCUCACCACGCGUCAGGGUUUGUUUUUUUAUACAGCACGUCUUUGACACUUUAAAGUGGGUUUGUGUGUGUGUGCGUGUGUGUGUGCGUGUGUAAGGUUUUAUGUUGCUGUUAUUUAUUUACAGACUUUAUAAGGUUUUAUGUAUUUUUCUUUCUUCCAGAGCUUCCUAAAAAUUGAUUAGCAUCUGCACUGAAAUAUAAUUAAACAGCAAAGGCAAAAAAAGAAUUGGAAGUUGUAAAUUCCUGAGAUCACUACAGUGACGAUCAUUCUAGAAAUCGUUGCGUAUGUAGUAGCAGAGACCAAAUAAAUAUGUUUCGGAGACAGCCUUUAGCUUGGUUGAUUUUGGACAGCUGCUUUUUACCAAGAAAGGGCUCCAGGUGGUCAAGGUGCAGACUUCCUCCCACCCUGGCAGGGAGAUGCGGCACCUUCCACGCGGGAGCGGCAGCGGGUUAUAGGUGGGCAAGGGGAUUAACAGAUGAUGUAUUUAUUUGUUUUCAUAGCUAAGUGGCUGAAGCCCAGAGGCUUUCGGCGACAGAGUUGAAAGUGUGGUUUUUAGUUUUGUGAAUGGAUGAUCACAAAGAAAAAGCCUUUUUUAAAAAGUCGGCAAAACGCUGAGACGCACUGUGGUAUGAAGCGCAUUGCACAUCCAUAGCACUGAAGCAUCAGUUUUCCAGUCCUGGGCUGAAGUUUUUUUUUUUCCCCGUGGUUGUGUUGUUCUGAUUUCACGUACACCAGAGUAACUGAUUUUUUGUUUUCUUGUGAAGUUAACACCAAAUAAAAAAUUUCGAAAACCGUU